CCCCUGCUACGGACCAUGCACUGCAGUUGCUUGGCCGAGGGUAUCCCUGCCUUUCCCGGCAACUACUGGAUCUCAGGCCUGACCUUCCCCGACUGGGCCUACAAAGCCGAGUCGUCACCGGGCUCCCGGCAGAUCCAGCUGUGGCACUUCAUCCUGGAGCUGCUGCAGAAGGAAGAGUUCCGCCACGUCAUUGCCUGGCAGCAGGGAGAGUAUGGGGAGUUUGUCAUCAAGGAUCCAGACGAGGUGGCCCGCCUCUGGGGCCGCAGGAAGUGCAAACCACAGAUGAAUUAUGAUAAGCUGAGCCGGGCCCUCAGGUAUUACUACAAUAAGAGGAUCCUGCACAAGACCAAAGGCAAGAGGUUCACGUACAAGUUCAAUUUCAGCAAGCUCAUUGUAGUCAACUACCCUCUGUGGGAGGUGCAGGCACCACCAUCUCCCCACUUGCUGCUGGGGGCCCCUGCACUGGUGCCCAUGGGCCUGCAGAGUGAGCUCCUGCACAGCAUGCUGUUCACCCAUCGGGCCAUGGUGGAGCAGCUGGCUGGGCAGCGGACCUCCCAAGGGCCACCAGGGGCCUCUGGGGACAAGAAGGGAAGCAGCAGCAGCAGUGACCACAGACUUGGUGCUGCCCCAGGCCCCUGCAGACUCGGCCCUUGCUGCCAUCUUGGGAGCCCUCAAGACCAGCUGCCAAGUUUUGCCUCCCUCACCCCUCCCCUCCCACCCCCUUUGCCUGGCAACUGGACUCACUUCUCAGCGUCCUUCUUGCCCCCUAACCCUGCAGAGCAGCAGCUGCUCGGAACCUCCAAGCCAGACACCCUACUUCCCAGAAGUGGGUGCCCCCCGGGGGCCUGGCACUUUCCUAGACUUCCCCUGGUGGCGGGGCUGAGACUGGGGGCUGGAGAGAGGCUGCGGCUCCUGUCCCUGAAGACUGGGGGGCUGGGGGUAGAGCCCAAUCCCAUGUUGGGGGCAAAAGGGUGCCCAGAUCCCAGGGGAGGCUUCUCCUCAGAGGCUAACAGACUCAAAACUGGGGAGGAAAGGCCUGCACCCCGGAAUCAGGAGACCUUCAAAGCAGCGUGGCCCUCAGAUCCUCCUUAA